AUGCGCCUCAAUGGCUCGGCCGCCGGCCCCGGCCCCCUGGGCGCCCGGCCCUCCCCGCUGCCGCCCGCCGGCCCCGGCUGGGACAACGCCUCCGAGGGGGAGCGGGCGGCCCCGGGCAGCGACCUGGACGUGGACACGGACAUCUACUCCAAGGUGCUGGUGACCGCCGUGUACCUGGCGCUCUUCGCCGUGGGCACGGUGGGCAACGCGGUGACGGCGCUCACGCUGGCGCGGAAGCGCUCGCUGCGGAGCCUGCAGAGCACCGUGCACUACCACCUGGGCAGCCUGGCGCUCUCCGACCUGCUCAUCCUGCUGCUGGCCAUGCCCGUGGAGCUGUACAACUUCAUCUGGGUGCACCACCCCUGGGCCUUCGGCGACGCCGUCUGCAGGGGCUACUACUUCCUGCGCGACGCCUGCACCUACGCCACGGCCCUCAACGUGGCCAGCCUGAGCCUGGAGCGCUACCUGGCCAUCUGCCACCCCUUCAAGGCCAAGACCCUCAUGUCCCGGAGCCGCACCAAGAAGUUCAUCGGCGCCAUCUGGGUGGCCGCCGGCCUGCUGGCCGUGCCCAUGCUCUUCGCCAUGGGCCAGCAGAGCCGCGGCGCCGACGCCCAGCACCCCGGCAGCCUGGUGUGCACGCCCGUCGUCAGCGCGGCCACCAUCAAGGUCGUCAUCCAGAUCAACACCUUCAUGUCCUUCGUGUUCCCCAUGGUGGCCAUCUCCAUCCUCAACACCAUCAUCGCCAACAAGCUGACGGUCAUGGUGCGCCAGGCGGCUGAGCAGGGCCACGUGUGCACGGCUGGGGAAAAGCACAGCUCGUUUAGCGUGUCCGUGGAGCCCGGCCGGGUCCAGGCUCUGCGCCACGGAGUCCUGGUUUUACGCGCCGUGGUCAUCGCCUUCGUGGUCUGCUGGCUGCCCUACCACGUGCGGCGCCUCAUGUUCUGCUACGUUUCCGACGAGCAGUGGACCCCGUUCCUCUACGACUUCUACCACUACUUCUACAUGCUGACCAACGCCCUCUUCUACGUCAGCUCGGCCGCCAACCCCGUGCUGUACAACCUGGUCUCCGCCCGCUUCCGCCAGACCUUCCUGGCCACGCUGGCCUGCCUCUGCCCCCUGUGGGCGCGCAGGAGCGCCAGGCCCGCCCUCUCCAGGAAGACCAACAGUGUGUCCAGCAACCUCACCUUCUCCAGCAACCUCACCAGGGAGAGGCUCUUCUAG